UUCGCUCGCUCGGCGCCCGCGCAGGCCCCUCGGGCGGCGGCGAGGAGGCGUCCCGGCGGCGGGGCGGAGGAGCGCAGGAGCGGGCGGCCAGGAGACCGCGCGGCGGCGGAGCGGCCCGCGGCCCGGCGCUCGUCCCCCCCCGCGGCCCGGCGCGCCCCGGCCGCCGCCAUGAGCGGCUCGUCAGGCACCCCGUAUCUGGGGAGCAAGAUCAGCCUCAUCUCCAAGGCGCAGAUCCGCUACGAGGGUAUCCUCUACACCAUCGACACGGACAACUCCACCGUGGCGCUCGCCAAAGUGAGAUCCUUUGGUACUGAAGACCGUCCCACAGAUAGGCCUGCUCCCCCGAGAGAGGAAAUUUAUGAGUACAUCAUUUUCCGGGGAAGUGAUAUCAAAGAUAUUACUGUGUGUGAACCUCCCAAAGCCCAGCACACACUCCCUCAGGAUCCUGCUAUCGUGCAAUCUUCCCUGGGCUCUGCCUCCGCCUCGCCCUUCCAGCCGCAUGUGCCUUACAGCCCCUUCAGAGGGAUGCCGCCCUAUGGCCAGCUGGCGGCCACCUCCCUGCUCAGCCAGCAGUACGCCGCCUCCUUAGGCCUAGAGAAGUUGGUAAGCCCUCCAGCCUCAGCCGCUGCUUCCAGCCCUAGCUCUUCUCCAUCUCCACAGCCCGUUUCAGAGCUUGACUUGUCCUCAGAGCCACAGCAGCCCACUGCCAAGGGAGCUGGUUUUCCGUCCAUCCCGGUUGGCAAGAGCCCCAUGGUGGAACAGGCUGUCCAGACCGGUUCUGUUGAUAACCUGAACGCCAAAAAGCUGUUACCUGGCAAGGGUACCACAGGGACACAGCUCAGCGCUCGCCAGGCCCAGCCAAGCAGCAAGACCGCCAACGAUAUAGUCCAGCCGGCAGCUGUGCAAAUUCAAGGGCAGGUGAAUGACGAGAACAGAAGACCUCAGAGGAGGCGAUCAGGGAACAGGCGAACCAGGAAUCGCUCCAGAGGGCAGAACCGUCCGACCAACGUCAAGGAAAACACAAUCAAGUUCGAGGGCGACUUUGAUUUUGAGAGUGCAAAUGCUCAGUUCAACCGAGAGGAGCUUGACAAAGAAUUUAAGAAGAAACUGAAUUUUAAAGAUGACAAAGCUGAGAAAGGGGAAGAGAAGGACCCAGCUGUGGUGACGCAGAAUGACGAAACUCCUGCUGAGGAGGACCUUCUGGGGCCCAACUGCUACUACGACAAAUCCAAGUCGUUCUUUGACAACAUCUCUUCUGAACUCAAGACCAGUUCUAGGCGGACGACGUGGGCUGAAGAGAGGAAGCUCAACACAGAGACCUUCGGGGUGUCAGGGAGGUUUCUGCGUGGCCGCAGUUCCCGAGGUGGAUUCCGAGGCGGCAGGGGCAACGGUGCAGCCCGCCGCAACCCCACUUCCCACAGAGCUGGGACUGGCAGGGUGUGAGGAUGCAGAUGAAGGCGCCUGCUCGAGUGGCACAGAAACGACGCAUGUGUAUCAGGACACAAGGAAAACAUGGCACUUAUGGGGAGAAGUGGGUCACUUUGUUUACGGAGUUUGGAAAAUUCCCAUCCUGCUACUUACGUUUUGGACUUAACUGAACUUGGUCUAAGUUAGAACCACUUGUUCUGGGGAAGUAUUCAUGGGUGACCUCUUUGAGGUGUCUUGACCUAUGUUUCCUGUUUGGUUGUGCGUAGCCUAAGGUUUUGGUAUUUUGCAGAAAGGUUUCUAUAGCGAAAGCUUGAUCCUCACUUUAUUAUUAUUUUUUUUAUGACAGCUUUGACUUUUAAAGUGGAACCAAAUCUCAAUUUGGCAAAUGUGGCAGCCAAGGGCAUCUCUGUAACCCAGCUGGCCCUGGUGCUGCUGGCGUGGCACCCCCACUGCCGAGGAUAGGGUCUCAGGAGCAGGCAGGGCCAGCACAGGAUGGUGUGGGGUGGGUGGGCCGAGGGCAGGGAAGGGGUGUCCCAUGGAUCAUGUUGUAUAAGCAAACCAGCCUACCCUGACACGUCCAGAGUGGUGCUGUCCAGGGUGGGCUGGAAAGACUGGGCGAGGCAGGAGGGACCCUGACAUUAGGUGCGGAGCUGUCACACAGAGCCCAGCCUCCAUAGGCAUCGAGGUGGGUCAAAGCCCACUACACACCCCUGUGGCAUCCGGUGGCCCUCGUGGCCUGGGCCAGCCAGUCGGUGUUGGACUCUGGCCGAGCACGUGGGUGUUCUCAUCCACUUGGAAAUGAGCCAGCCUUUUUCGCAAGGUCAGUUGACCAAGAGCAUUACUUCCCUCCAUUGUAAAUAGUUGUGUUUUUGUUUUAAAGGCAGGUGGUGGGAGGGUGGGGCUAUAAAUUUGUUGCAUGAGUAACUAGGUCAGAACCUUAGUGUGAGCAUGCGUCCUUGUGACUGACAGGGCAUUCUGUUGAAAAUAAGCACCUUGGUAACUAAAACCCCUUUAAUAGCUAUAAAGGCUUUAGUUCUGUAUUGAUUAAGUUACUGUAAAAGCUUGGGUUUAUUUUUGUAGAACUUAAUGGCUGAGAAUUAGAACACAGCAGUGGGGCUGCUCUGUUGGAGUGAUGUAAAUUGUAAUUAUAAAUAAACACGCAAACCUUUAAAAUGUU